CUUGUACUCAUACCACAGCCAGCUCACACGAGCAGCUCACGACCCAUGUCCAGUCUCAAGAACGGCGUACACUCCUCGGUCGACGAUGAUGACAAGGAGCUCCUCGCGAUGGGCUACGUCCCUUCGUUCAAGCGGGAGUUCUCAAAUCUCGCAACGAUAAGUUUCGCGUUCAGUAUCAUGGGUCUCUGCUCCUCGAUUGCGACGACGCUCAACACACCGCUGCUGCUCGGCGGUCCUUCGACGGUCGUUUGGUGCUGGAUCCUGGGCGCAACGAUGUGCUUCACCCUCGGUUCCUCUAUUGCCGAGAUUGUCAGCGCGUUCCCGACCUGUGGCGGUCUAUACACCGCCUCGGCGCAACUCACGCCCGUCAAAUACCGUGCAAUCGUUGGGUGGGUGGUUGGAUGGCUCAAUAUUCUCGGUCAGAUUGCGGGUGUGAGCUCCACAGAAUUCGGUCUAUCAGGGAUGAUUCUGGGUGCAGCUGUGAUCGGCCAAGAUGGGGCCUUUGUCGUGACUCCGGGCAAAACCGUUGGCGUAUUCGUCGGCCUUCUGAUUUUACAUGGACUGCUGAACUCGGUCGGCACACGUCAUCUUGCUCGAUUCACACAGUACUUCGUCUUCGUCAAUCUGGGUGCCACGAUGCGCAAGUCUCCUGUCUUCGAACUUACGGCUUCAGUCAGCUCAUUGACGGACAGUGAUCAUCAUUGUGCUGCUUGCGACCACUCCGCGAAGCGAAAUGCAUCCGGCGUCGUACGUGUUUGGCUCGGCAGGGCUAGUCAAUGCCACAGGUGGCUGGAACAACGGACUGGCGUUCCUGUUUGGUUUGCUUUCGGUGCAGUGGACUGUGCGUAUCAUUGCUGUAUCGCUCGGUUCUCGCUGAACUCUCUGCUACAGAUGACGGAUUAUGAUGCCACUGCCCAUAUUUCCGAGGAAGUGCGUCGAGCAGCAUAUGCAGCCCCCGCCGCCAUCUUCAUUGCUGGCGCGUCUCGUCGGAACCGGUCUUCUUGGCUGGCUGCUAAACAUCGUUCUCGUGCUGUGUUCUGUAAGCAGUGCACUGCUUCCCGGUCCCUCUGGCUCGGCAUUCCUCCAGAUCAUGACUCUGAGGAUGGGCAAGACGGGAGCUCUCAUCUUUGGGUGCUCGUCUGUCUGACAGCCUUCUUUGUCGUGCAGACUGCUCUGCAGGCGGUCUCUCGGACCGUCUUUGCAUUCAGCCGUGACCACGGCUUGCCUGAUCGAGGCUACUUUGGGCACAACUCCAGAUUGACUCAGACUCCGUUGCGAUCAAUCUGGCUCUGCACCCUUUUCAGCAUCCUUCCUGGACUACUGGACCUGGCUUCGCCCGCUGCUGCGAAUGCCAUCUUCUCGCUGACGGCGAUUGCAUUGGAUCUGAGCUACAUCAUACCCAUUGGUCUCCGGCGCGUGUUCCAGAACCACCCGGACGUGCUGUUCAAGCCGGGGCCGUUUUACAUGGGGCCCGGGUUCCUGGGCUGGUUCGCGAAUAUCGCGUGCAUCACGUGGACGCUGUUUGUCUGUGUCGUGUUCUCGUUCCCGACACUCAAGCCGGUGACGCCGCUGAACAUGAACUACGCGUCUGUGAUCACCGUCGGGGUGAUGGCGCUUUCUCUCUUCUGGUACGUCGUCCACGCGCACCGCCACUACAAGGGCCCGACGUCGAACAUCGGCGAGGCUGCGGAGGACAGCGAGUUCUACGAGAAGGAGAAGAAGGGCCAGAUGGCAUAG